AUGGAAUCUCAGAAUUAUGAUGUUGAUUCAACAACAAAUGAUUGGAAUAAAAGUUCAUCCAAUGAUCAUUCAAUAAGACAUGAUCCAAAUGAAAUGCCAACCGUUAAUUCAACAAACCCUAACUAUCAUCCAGCAUCAACGACAAAUAAUCAUAGUUGGGAAAAAAAUAGCUCAACCAUUGAAACAAAUGUCGACAAGGCUAAAGAAGUCUUGAAAAAAGGUCCGCAACGUGCAGAAGAUAUAAUUACAAAAUCAAAAAGAGUUUUUCUACAAAACUGGGAACAAACUCGACAUUCAAUUAUUCAUUUACAAAAAAGAGUUAAAGAAAUGCUACCAAAACAAGCUACUAAUCUUAUCUAUUGGAAAAAUCCAGUUGAAUCUGGUGUUAUAUUUGGUCUUUUAUUAUCUGUAAUUAUAACAUUCAUGUUUUUAUCUUCGUUGGCUGCAAUAUCUUUCUGGUUGCUUGCAUUUCUUGUUAUUGUUGGUCUUUAUAAAUUAUAUAAUUAUGUUAUGGUUACAUUUGUUGGUGGAAUUCGUGAUGAUGUUUUUGAUUCAAUGUUUUCACCUAAUAUCCAUAUAUCUGAUAGACAAGCGCAAGCAUUGGCUGAUUACGUUUGUCAAAAUGGAACAAGUGUAUUACGACAAGCACGUAGUCUUUUCUUAUGGAAUAAUUUAACAAAUUCAAUAAUUUUUGGUCUUCUACUCUUCAUCUUCUUCUAUAUUGGUUUAUCAAUGAAUGCACUUACAUUUGCACUUGUUGGUUUGAUCUUUUUGUUUACUGUACCAAAAGUUUAUCAAGUUUAUCAAAUACCAAUUGAUAAUGUUGCUAAACAAGUUCUUAAUCAAAUUAAUCAACUAUUAGCACAAGUAACAACAAAAUUACCAUCGAAACAAAAGAAAGCAUAA